AAAAUGUGGGACUUUCCAUUUGUUAAAAAUACACUUAAGACUAGAAUUGGUAAUUCCCAAAAAAUAUAUGGCUAUAGUUCUAUGAAAAUUAUUGAUGUAGAAAUUUGUAUCUUCUAACUGCUUUUAACUGUGACCAUGAAGAAAAAAAUAGAAUGUCAUUAUCUAACAAAGAAAAUAAAAAUUGGAAAUCCACAGAAACAUUCUCCUGGAAUGAAGGGGAUGUUUUAGGGAAGGGUGCAACAGCUGUUGUAUACAAGGCCAGGAGAAGGCCAAAUGGAUGUGUGUGUGCAGUGAAAUAUUUUCAUGAACGUGUGUCUCAUCAUUUUGCCUCAGUAGCUUUAAGGGAGAUAGAUCUAUUGAAGAAGUUAGAUCACAGAAAUGUCAUCACAAUUUAUGCAGUGGAAAGAGAUUCACCAUCAGGAAAUUAUGUCAUGGGUAUGGAGUUGUGUGAGGGAGGAAGUUUAUACUCUAUGUUAGACCAGCCUAAAUAUUCAUAUGGGUUACCAGAAGAGGAGUUUCUAGUUGUAUUGUUUGACAUUGCAAGUGGAAUGCAGUAUUUACGACAGAUGGGAAUAAUUCACAGAGACUUAAAACCAGGAAAUAUAAUGAGGUUUAUAGACGACACAGGCCAAUCCAUCUACAAACUGACAGACUUUGGAGCUGCUAGACAAUUAGAUGAUGAAGAAAAUUUUACAUCUAUUUAUGGAACAGAAGAAUAUUUGGAUCCCAACAUGUAUGAGAAAGCUGUUCUAAGAAGACAUUCAGUACCGUACCAAGAAUUUGAUGCUAGUGUUGAUAUCUGGUCUCUAGGGGUCACUAUUUACCAUGUGGCAACAGGCCACUUACCAUUCCAGCCAUAUGGUGGCAGGUCAAAUAGCCAGACCAUGUUCCUUAUCACGUCAACAAAAGAAUCCGGAGUUAUCUCUGGAAUACAAAGAUAUCAGAAUGGAGAUAUAGAAUGGAGUAAAGAGCUUCCAGGAACUUGUCGUCUGUCUUUAGGACUUAAAUGUUUAGUGGUACCCAUGCUGGCCAAUAUGUUAGAGAGUGAUAAAAGAAGAAGAUGGAGUUUUGAACAGUUUUUUCGUGAAGUGUUUAAGAUACAGGACAUGCUAACCAUUAGAUUGUAUGACUGUAGUGUCGGGUCUAAUCUCAAAAUCUAUGUAGAGAAAUGUGACAGGUAUGCAGCUGUCCAGGAAAAGAUAGCUAUGGAAUCUGACAUACCAUCAGGACAGCAGUUAAUAUUGUUCCAGAACCGAGAACUAGAAGAGAUAGUGAAUGACAUGACAUGUGAGGUACAUAAUUAUCCCACGUCUGUACUCCAUGGACAGCUGUACCUAUACAACAAAGACAGAACUGAUGUCAAGAAAAUCAUGAUACCAGAUAUACCUCAAUAUCCAAUUUUUCCUGACAAUUAUCCUAUUGAAAACAAAGUUCUAGACAAAGAUAGUCACAUUGGACAUAAAUGUUCAGCUAUUUCAUAUUUGAUAGAGGUACAAGUCAAAGAUCUUAUAGUUCUUCAGGAACUCAUGCAACAAGCUGAGAGAUGUCUGAGGGAAUAUAUACAAAGAAUAACAAGAAGGAUAAACAACUGUGUCCCAGAGAUGUGUAAACUAUUGGAGGAAACUAAAAAGAGAACAGAAUCAUUCUUUCAGACUUUUGGUGUCAUCCAUGAUAUAUUGUACAGCGUAUCUAGUUUAGCAUCAGAGGAGAGAACACGUCUGAUAGCUAGGAGAUAUAUUGAAGAUAUUGCUUUGACCCUUAGGGACCAGUCACCAAGGGAAACACAACAAAAGGCCGAGAACAGAACAGAGGAGAUUAAAGUAUAUAUGAGUGUAUUGGUGGACAAAGUAACUGAACAGGAGAGGGAAGCUAUAACAAGCUGUGUAGGAUGUAUGACAGAAGAUAGAUGUGUUCAGAAAUCACACCACUUGUCCACUAAGAUCUAUGAAAUCUACAAAACAUUUGCUGAUCAUAGGAAAAAGAGAUAUCUGUCACAGGAGGAGGAGUUUGCACAUAGAAGUGACAGGAUAAGAAUACAAAAAUUUAUUGAACAGUUAGAGUUUGUGAUGAACGAUCAUUGCAUGAAAAAUACAGCAAAAAUGCAUCAAGUAACAAACAAACAAAUUGCAAUGUUGAUAAAACAUUUCAUUAGAACCGGAAAAGUUGACCAGAACAUCAAAAGUGUUUUAGAUUGUCAAUCUAAACUCAGUCUGAGGAUGGAACAGAUGGUGAAGAGAUGUACUGACUUGUUGCUUAGACUGAAAAUAGAUGUGAUUCCCAAAAUGACUGGGCAACCAGUAGAAGCCAGCAAUUUGGGGGCCAUGGGAGCUGAACUUCAGCCAAGAUCAUCAUUCCAUCCUAUGACAUUGACAAGUCUGAAAUCGGACUUUCAAAUUCUACAAAAUGAUAGCAUACAAAUAGAAAGUAUAAUGAAACACCAUGCUGAAGAGUUGGAAGCACAAGCUUAUAAUUUAAAAGAACUAAGUGAAAAUUUACCAAAACCCGACUCCUUUGACACAGGUGUUCAAGCUUCAUCAGAUAGUUGACAAAGGCUUCAAUUUAGUUAAUUAGGAUUUAUACAAUUUGUUAUUUAGAUUAAUUUGUCAAAUGUCUGAAAGCACCAUCAAAUGUU